AUGGCCGUUCAACUCCUCCGUCCUACAGUGCGCAACAUCUCUGUCCACCGUCCUCAGCAAGCCACGCGGACUUCCCUCUUCAUAACCAGAUCCUGUCUGAUUUCAGCCGUCGUGCUGCCAUUUGUGCCUCCUGCUCUGGAGAGCUCUCGUGAAAAGAGUAUGGGUUACCCUAACCACAACAAACCGAACCCACCGCUCUGCUUCCAUUCUCGCUAA